AUGGGCAUGACACACAAGGAGUACCUCUCCUCGAACCGCAUCUUUGGGUGCAAGGCGUGCAAGACGCACCUCACCACCAUCGAGAGCCUCAUCAGCCGCGCAUUCAACGGGCAGCACGGCCGCGCCUACCUCUUUGACUCGGUCACCAACAUCGACCUGGGCGAGCCCGAUGACCGGCACAUGACGACCGGACUGCACACGGUGCGCGACAUCUACUGCGUCAAGUGCCACACGGUCCUGGGGUGGAGAUACGACAAGGCCUACGUGACUGGGGAAAAGUACAAGGAGGGCAAGUUUAUCCUCGAAAAGGAGCUCACGACGGACGUCAAGUAA